AUGAGGCAUGCAGAUGCAGGGGGUGGGUCGAAGGAAGAUGGUGAGGAAGUGGGGAGAUUGGCUUUGGCGGAGGAUGGGAGGGAGGAGGAGAGACUGUUGGUUGUUGAUGAAGAGGGAAAGAAGAAGGUGAAGAAGCAUCUGGUGUUGGUCGGAUUGGAGGGAGAAGAGAAAGACGAAGCGAUGAGAAGACUGAAGAGGAAGCAAAGAUAUCUCCGCACUCCCUCUCGGUUUCUCGGUAUAACCGGUGGUAACCGGUAA